AUGGAAGGGAGCUGUUCGAACGAUUGCCCCAUAUGCCUUCAGCCCCUGUUACAACCAGUCGAAAUCCCAUGCGGUCAUAUUUUCUGUUAUCUCUGCUUAAAAGGUUCCGCUUUUCAUAGACGCAAGUGUCCUCUUUGUCGUGGGAACAUCACCAUGGGAUUUUUCAACAAUCCAAAUAUAAUUCACACCGUGAAUGACGGACCCAAACAGGAUCGAUUACCAUCAGAACUUGUCUGGUACUAUGAGGGUCGCAAUGGGUGGUGGCAGUAUGAUGAACGUACAGCAGAUGAAAUUGAAAGCGCCUUCUCCCAAUCUCUCCCAAAAUGUGAAGUCUUCAUUGCGGGCCACUUUUACGUCAUAGAUUUUGUCAACAUGUGCCAGUUCCGUAAGGAUCAUUCUGGUCGUAGUAGACGUAUUAAACGUGAUUCUCCAAACACCUCGAAGAAGGGUGUUGCAGGAAUUCGUCUUUCUCUCCUUCAAGUCACUUCAGAAGCUCACGGGGUCGAAGAUGGCGAUGAAGACUCAGCAAACGAUAAUGCUAGCGACAUUUCUGAUUCCCUAUCCGCUCCUUCAUCGGUUAUUUCUGCCAUUCAUCGCCUUGCUCCCACUGGAAACUCCUCUAGUCCAAAUUCAUCGUCCUCUCUCAGUCCCAAUAUUCUCCCUGUUCCUUCACAACCACCCUGA